UAGGUUCCAAAACGGAUACAUAUCCGACAACGCGGGGCAAGUUUCGUAUGGGCUGGAGUGAUAACCCGUGUAAUGACUGUUCCACGAUUCCAUCUGUCUAUGAUAACGUCUCCUCAGCUUACACCACACCACCAAAACCAAUCCCAAAGUUCUCAUCGCCUGAAAUCCUAAUGGCAGCGCAAACCACAGAAGGUCUCACACCAGACCAGCUCGCAUUCUUCAAGGAGAAUGGCUACCUCCUGAUACCUGAUGCGCUAUCGCAAGAUACAGUCAAGGAGUUAUUAGAUGAUGCAAACAAGAUGCUAAACGACUUCUCACUUGACGACCACCCAAUGACCAAAUUCUCUACUGGUGGCGACGACGGCGCAGAUCAUGUGGGCGACAAAUACUUUCUCGAGUCUGGAGACAAAGUCCGCUUUUUCUUCGAAGAAGAUGCAUUCGACAAAUCUGGCACUCUCACAAAACCCAAGCACCGCGCUAUCAAUAAGAUCGGACACUACUUGCACGAACUUUCUCCUUCCUACAAACGCGCGUCUCUCUCUCAGCGCAACGCCGCAAUCGCUCGCUCCCUCAGCUUUCGUGACCCGCGUGUCCUUCAGUCCAUGGUAAUCUGCAAGCAGCCCGAGAUUGGAGGCGCAGUGCCUGCUCACCAGGAUAGUACGUUUUUGUACACGGACCCACCAAGUGCGGUAGGCUGGUGGUAUGCGCUUGAGGAUGCGACGAAGGAGAACGGGUGCUUGAGUUUCGCGGCAGGCAGUCACAAGAGGGCUGCAAUCGAGAAGAGGUUUGUUCGAACGGGAGAGAAGGGCGCAGAGGGAACAGGCUUCAUCGACAAUGAGGGUGCGCAAUUUCCCAAGGGGUUGCAAACCGAAGAUGGUGCGAAAGAGGAGGUAUAUGACAUGGGAGAGGUGAAAGCCGGGACAUUGGUGCUGAUCCACGGUAAUAUCCUGCAUAAGAGCGAGAAGAACACGAGUGAGAAGGGCCGCAUCAUAUAUACGUUCCAUGUCAUCGAGGGCGAGCAAACUUACGAUGAGAGGAACUGGCUGCAGCCGCCAAAUAGUGGGUUUUCAAGGCUAGCUCAGCCUGCACAGGCGUAGAAACUUGAAAUGAUCGCGAUGUGUAGCCGAAACACUUUCUAUGGAGAUGGGUGGUGGUCUACGACUUGCUCUGUACGCAUAAUCCGAUGCCAGCUAGCACAAAAGCCAUGCCUAUCCAAGUGU